AUGGAGACCCUUGCACUCACUUUUACGAAAAUUGUCAAUGAGCAUAGUCGGAUAGGGCUGAUCUAUGUCUUUGGCGGCAUUGGCUUCCUUGCUUUCAUUGCGAUCAGGACUAUCUAUCGCCUGUAUUUUCACCCUUUGAGGAAAAUUCCCGGUCCGAAAUUGGCCGCUGCAACACAUCUGGUCGAGUUCUACUACGAUGUAAUUUUAGGUGGCAAAUUCUGUUGGGAGCUAGAAAGAAUGCAUCAAAGAUAUGGGCCCAUUGUCCGAAUCAAUCCUCGUCAGGUUCACAUAAUCGACCCUGACUUUUACGACGAGAUCUAUGCGGGUGGGAAUCGAAAGCGAGACAAAGAUCCUGCAUUUCCUCCUCGCUUGGGUAUGUCUUUAUCAGUGAUAUCAACGGUUCCUCAUGAUCAUCAUCGGCUGCGACGAAAGAUUUUGAAUAAUUUCUUUUCCAAGCAGUCAGUUACAAAUUUAGAACCUAUGCUGCAGAGUAAGGUCGACAAGUUGGCUCAACGCUUCAGAGAGGCAAAGGAAACCGGCACAGUGGUAAAACUAGAAUACGCUUUCGCAGCUUUAACAGCAGAUGUCAUCAGUCAUUACUGUUACGGUAAAAGCCUGGGAUAUCUGGACGAACACUAUCCACAAAACGACCUUAAAGAGGCUUUCAAUACUCUAUUCCAGGGCAUACAUAUUUUGUAUUUCUUUCCAAUAUGGGGAGCUUUGAUGAACAAGUUACCGCCCUGGCUAAUGGUAAAGUUGAACCCCAAGUCAAAACCAUUGGCAUACUUCCGAUCUAUGGUGCGAGAGCAGUCUGCAAACGCACUAGAAAUGCAAGCAAAAGGGAAAAUUUCCAAUAAGAAGCAGAGCAUUUUUAAUGCUCUAGUAGAUCCAGCUCUUCCGUCAGAAGAACGAACAAUAGAUCGGUUGACUGAAGAAGGGAUGAUUGUGCUAGGUGCCGGCGCUGAAACAACCGCAAAUACUUUGACACUGGGAGCCUAUCAUCUCAUAAAGAAUCCAGAUAUUAUGUUGAAGCUGCGAGACGAGCUAACCAAGACGGUGAUGCCUAAUCCAACAAGCCAACCAACCUGGAACCAACUGGAGCAGUUGCCAUAUCUCACGGCCGUUGUAAAUGAGACUCUUCGUCUCGCAGUUGGAGGUUCCUGGAGAAUGCCCAGAAUCCCAACACACGAGACACUUAUUUGCAAUGGCUACGAGAUCCCUCCUGGCACACCGUUGGUAACGUCAAGCUGGUUUGUUCACAUGAAUCCGGCCAUCUUCCCAAACCCAAAAAAAUUUGACCCAGAUCGUUGGAUCGCAGCAGCUGAUAGUGACGUACAUUUACCGCGCUAUAUAACCAAUUUCGCGAAGGGGUCACGAAACUGCCUUGGUAUCAAUCUGGCAUAUGCCGAAUUAUACUUGGUCAUAGCUCGAUUUGCUCGGGAAUUUGACAUGAUGCUUCACAAGACAACCGAUGCGGAUGUCGCGUAUGAUCGCGACUUUGCCGUCUUUCACUCAGAUAAGGGGCCUUGGAGUGUUAAGGUUCUUGUGACCAAGGCUUUGGAUUAG